AUGGAUAAACAGGCCAAAUUACUGUCAUCGAAGCUCUUGCAGAAGCACAGGCUGGUAGAAGUUGUCCUCAACCGCAGUGUUUUGGCGUGGGAGGAAGCUGAGGAGGGCAGAAAACGCAGCAAUUCUGGAGCAGCACACAGUCACACUGUUCAGGUGUGUGAAAUAGUCGCCGUUCGCAAGACUGAGGAUGAAGACGACGCUCAGAAGACCAGGAAGAGUCGGAAGGAGGCCGAUCAGCUGCAUCCGUACGCAUUCACAGUUUCCUACGUGAGGAGGACGAGGCAGCACCAGUGGCGCUGCGCUGACGUCACCUUUCACUGCCCCAGCCAGGAGCUCUGCGAGCAGUGGAUCCGGGUGACCAAUGAGCAGCUGUCAUUGCUCACCGACCGACCAAAGAGCCUCCUGGUGUACAUCAAUCCGUACGGCGGAAAGCGGCGCGGAAAGCGUAUUUACGAGCAGAAGGUGGCUCCGGUGUUUCGCCGCGCUGGCAUCUCCGCCGACGUGAUUGUUACGGAGCGCGCCAAUCAUGCCAGGGACCACUUGAAGACGGAGGCCAAUCUAGAUAAAUAUGACGGGGUGGUGUGCGUCGGUGGAGACGGGAUGUUCAGCGAGAUCCUGCACGGGUUGGCUAGCAGGACCCAAACUGACCACGGCGUGGAUCAGAACCAACCGGAUGCCGAGUUGGUGCCAUGUUCUCUCCGCAUAGGGAUCAUUCCUGCAGGGUCGACUGAUUGCAUCUGCUUUGCCACAGUGGGAACCAAUGACCCAGUCACUUCUGCUUUACACAUCAUCGUGGGUGAUUCUCAGCCGAUGGACGUUUGCUCAGUUCACCACAACGACAGCUUCCUCAGAUUCUCCGUCUCGUUGCUUGGUUACGGUUUCUAUGGCGAUUUGCUGACAGACAGCGAGAGGAAGAGGUGGCUUGGUCCUGCCAGAUAUGACCUGUCAGGCGUGAAAACCUUCCUGAGUCACAACUACUACGAAGGCACCGUCUCUUUCCUCCCCGCCGAGGACAACUUGGGGAGUCCGAGGGACAAGCUGCAGUGUCGAUCCGGGUGCCGCAUCUGUCAGCACAAGCCCUCAUCAAACGACCAGCACGGCGAGAUGUCAGACGAGAAAGAAAAGUCUGCUAAAGGUUGCAGCAGUGGCUGGACCACUAUCCAUGGAAAGUUCAUUGCCAUUAACGCAGCCAGUAUGAGCUGCGCGUGUCCUCGGAGUCCAAAAGGCCUGUCGCCCUCCGCCCACCUCGCCGACGGCACCACGGACCUGAUCCUGGUCAGGAAGUGUUCCCGCCUGGACUUCUUCAAACACCUCCUCCGACACACCAACAAAGACGACCAGUUUGACCACUCAUUUGUGGAGGUCCACCGGGUGAGGAAGUUUCGUUUCCAGCCGCGACACCACGAGCUGCUUUCUCUGGAAGACCUGAGCGAGCCUGUGCAGAAGAAAGCCUUCAGCCCCAUAUGUUCCGCCCAGACAACCUGCAGCUACAGCGCCGCCCACAGCAGCUGGACCUGUGACGGGGAGAUCCUGCCUCACGCCGCCAUUCAAGUCAGUGUCCAGUGCCAGUUGAUCAGGCUGUUUGCCCGCGGUAUCGAGGAGCAGCAGCAGCAGCAGUUUGUGUUUGAAGACCCUUGUACACUGUGGCCCCUGGAGCAAAGCACCAACUAGUCUGAAAGCUGGACGGGACACAUUUCAGCUGCUACAAAACAAAAACACAAAGUUGCACUUGGAGAAGUUUUUCUGGGAAAAAUGCAAGCACCGUAUCAUUUUAAAUCCCAAACGCUGGCGUCCGGCCGCCUCCUCUGGGCGUUGUUGUCUAAAUGAAGCUUGCAGAAGUCCGAUCUGUGCACCGGUAGGGAUGGAAUAAAGCCCUUAAAUCUACAGGAACGUUACAUUGCAUGUUACAGAAGAACUCAUAAAUCACCCAUCUGGCUUCCUUUUAGGUGCAAAACUUCCUCAUGGACCUUAAAGUAAGCUGAGAUAUGAUAAACUACGGCUAUAGGUGCGACUGUCCAGUUUUUUUUGUGUGGACUUUUUGUUAAAUAAAGAUGUUUAAGCUCUGAGGAUCUUAAGCGGCCCGAUGAAACGGAGCUGGACUCAGUCCCCGGCGAUCACUGGAAGUUUUUAUCCUGCCAUGAAGGAGAACGUAAAUAGGAUUUCUCCCUACGCGGCGACCGCCACAGCUCUGUGAGAGUGAUGAAGGAAAAAAAAGAAAAAAGCCUGUGAAGUACACUGAUAAACUGAAAUGACUUAAAGGGCCAUGGCUAAAAAGAAGAAGAAGAGAAAAAAAAGAAACAACCCCAGAUGCAAUCUGAUCUUCCCUUUUUUGGGAGAAAAAAUAAUUUCAUCUGUGACCCAGGUGAAAGCAGAUAUGAGCCAGGGGCACUAAUGAAAAGAGCUGAAUACCCUGCUAAUACACUAACAGGACCCCGGUGGCUGCUGGGUGAUAAGGCAAAGUGGUUGCUAAGUGAUUUGGUGUGUCUCAGCACUGCUGCGCUGCACCUGUGGCUCCGAGCUGUGCUCCUCCCCGGCUGAAAAAAAAAAAACUACAGACAGUUUAAUCAUGGCCUGGGAUUUGGCCGAAUUAUGCAUUGUUAACGUUAUUAGAGAUAAUCUAUUACUCAGCUCUGAAAUUAGCCUCAUUUAGCUGAUUUUAGUCGUAGGUCAAGCUGGUCUUGAUGUCACUUGGAGCAGGAACACUUAUUUUUUUUUGCUGCUCCAGUAGGGAGAUAACUGUAUUAAACCGCACGCAUGAUAGGAUAA